AUGGCGGAGAAUAAACGCGAGGGACGAUUAGCGAAAUGCUCGACGAUCAGAGAGCGACGAAUCAUGACAAAGAAGUUCCAGACACAGCGUGAACGUGAAAGGAGGUUGAUUCAAACACUCAUGCUCGGAGAUUAUCCCGAUCGGCAGCACGAAAUUAAGCUUUUUGAGAAAGAAGCAACCACACCUCGGCAGCAUCUGAACGCAGAGAUUACGGGUAUCAGUGCCAGAGUGGCCACUCCAGAUCGUGUAUUUCGUAAAGCGGAUGUCACGGGUGGACUACCGAAAACAAAGCCACACGCACACAAGGCAUUCAAACUCCCGGAGUGCAACGGAUCUCCUGGCAAAAGGUAUAAUGCUGGAGAACAAGAUGCAGCCUCGAUAAAACUUUCAUCUCCAUCUAGACCAGCUUCAAGAGGCACUCAAUCAGUGACGAAUGGAAAGAAGAGAAGUUCGUCGCUUUCAGCAAAAGAAAACAGUGUGAGAUAUCCUAAUUCCAAAGUAAAAACACCCAGCGAAAACAUGGCAGCAGGUUCGAGUCAGAGGAUGCAAUCGCCAUAUAUGUCUCUGCAUCGACAUCAAACGAGGUCGGCAAAAGCUACAGCACAAUUUUCAUCCUUGCCAAACAAACCAACAGAACAGGAUUCGUUAAUCAAGUUGGUGAAUGCUGAUGCAAGCGUGGAAGACCAGCAGAAAGAAACUUCAGUUUCUUUUGAGGGAGCACUUAGCUUUUCCGAAGCUCAGCAAUUCGCAGAGGCAAUGGGUAGCGAUGCCCAACUACGCAAGGAGAAAUGUGAGAAGAUUCUCACUGAAUUUGGCACUCAAACAACACCACGCUUGCUACAAGAUGUCUUACAGGAAAAUGAAGUGACAAGGAUAUCCUCGCGGCCGGAGCUUCCUCUCAUAGAUACAUCUUUGGUCACAGGGCUAACUGCAGCUACGACACCGCGUCGUCCUCAGUCUGUCCGAGCUCAGCAAUCAACACGCCAAUCUUUCCUUGAGAGUCUCGCACGAGAUAACCAGAUUUUACGAGAACGGAGAGAAACUACUGCCCAACUAGCUGAUGGUAAACCAGAAACCGAUUCUCAGCAUGAGGAACAAAAUAUGGUUGAAGAAGAACUUAAAUCUCAAGCGAUAAAACAAAAAGAUUUAGUCGUAGGCAUCAAAGACGCUAGUGCUGGAGAGGAUCACAGCCUCAUUGAAGAAGAAGACAAAUCCCAAGCAAGAAAAGAUGAAGAACCGGGUACAGACACUAAAUACACACUCGAUUCAGCAGAUAUCGGUAGUGCAAACGAGGAUCAUAGCCAUGUUGAAGAUGACGAAAAAGAUAAUUUUCAAGCGAGUACAGCUGACGGACCGGCCGUAGAGACCAAAGAAGCACUCGAUUCAGCCGGUGGUACAAAAGUGGAUCAAAGCGUCGUUGAAGAAGACAACGAAGAAAAGUUUCGUUCGAGCAAAGAUGAAGAACCAGUCAUAGGUAUCAAAGACGUGUUCGAUUCAGCUGAUAUUGGUCGUGCGAAAGAGGAUCAUAACCUCGUUAAAGAUGACGCAAAAGAUAAUUCUCAAGCGAGUGCAGUAGACGAACCGGCCGUACAGAUCAAAGACGCACUCAGUUCAGCCGAUGUCGGUGGUGAAGAAGUGGAUCAAAUCCUCGUUGUAGAAGACAAAGAAGAAACAUGUCAAGCGAGAAAAGAUGAAGAACCAGUCUUAGAUAUCAAAGACGCUCUUGAUUCAGCUGAUGUUGGUAGUGGAGAAGAUUACGGCGACGAUUUUGUUGAACAGGAUGAAGAAGAAGACGAUGAGCUAGAGACCGAUGUUGCCAAGACUAUCUUUGAUUUAGUGGAUAUGGUUGAAGCUGCUGCGACCGCAAAGGAAAAGAAGCAGAAGAUUAUCAUCCCAAGCCCACGCACCGUAUCGCCACGACCACGUUCGUCAACGAAUCGAGCAAACACGCCCGCACUGCGAAUCCAGUCCGUGUUCCGUGGGUAUCGUGCACGCAUUGCGUUUCGUCUCGCUCUCUAUGAAGACGCACUGAGCUGCGGCGUGCUUGGAGCGAUGCCCGGUACAAUCCAGGGCAGGUCGGGCUGGUAUCUGGACCCGAAACGCCUCAUUGCCUACUUCUUCGUUAUCCCAGAUCCCGACGGCGAGUGGGAGCAGAAAUACACGCUACGCUGCAGUCGUCUGGUGCUCACACCGUACGAAAUGCAGCAGGAAGUACUCAGUAAAGUACCAGCUGACCUGCAACAGUCGUAA